AUGUCGGCAUUAGUUAAUCUUUUUGGGUCUUUGAAGACGGACAAGCUGCAGAAGAAUGUCGCGGACUUGCUGCAGACGUCGAGCGGGCCGGUGGACACAUUGCAGGUGAAGGCUAAGAAGAGAACGGUGUUGGAGGAAGAUCAUAACGAGGAGGAAGAACAUAACGAGGAUGUUCUGGACGGUAAGGUGGAGGCGGUUGCCAGGAAGCGGGUGAAGAGAAUGUCUGGGGAGGAGGAGCAAGAUAACCUAGAAGGAGAAUACUUCGCCAAGAUACUGGGAGAGGAGGAGAAGGAGGAGAAGGAGGAGAAGGAUGCUGGGGCAGGUGUAAAGAUGGGUGAAGGAGCGAACGCUAGCAGGAUUGAUUUGAAAGAAUUCGAACUUGAGAAAGCAGAUAGGACUGUGUUUGUUGGUAAUGUCACACAUGAUGCAAUCGUAUCGAAAAAGGUUUAUAAGGAAUUUAAAAAACUGUUAAGUUUAGCUACAGAUAGGAAUAGUUUAGAUGAGGGGGACGAGGACGAGUAUGCGGGAGGUAGCAAGCAGUCCACAGAAAAUCCCAAGGUCGAGAGUAUCAGAUUUAGGUCAAUUGCGUUUGAGGAGCCGUUGCCAAGAAAGGUUGCAUUUGUACAGCAAAAAUUGCAUAAGUCUAGAGAUUCGGUUAAUGCGUAUGUCGUAUACAAAGAGCGUUCAUCAAUUCCAGUUGUAUGUAAGGCGUUGAAUGGGGUUGUAUUCCAUGGUCAUCAUUUAAGAUUCGACUCGGUUGCCCACCCGGCUCCUCACGAUAAGAAGAGAUCUGUAUUUGUGGGGAAUCUAGACUUUGAGGAAAUUGAAGAGAAUUUAUGGAAACAUUUUGAGUCCUGUGGGGACAUCGAAUAUGUUCGUAUUAUCAGAGACCCAAAAAGUAACGUUGGAAAGGGAUUCGCCUACGUGCAGUUUAUGGAUGCCGGAUCGGUGAACAAAGCACUGCUGUUACAUGAAAAGAAAAUGACAAUUGGUAAAUGCAGAAAGCUUCGCGUCAGUAGAUGUAAGAAUAUGAAGAAGGUUCAGCCGCUGCCCGGUAAGUUGAACAAAUUGACUGAUCAACAAAAGACGAAGAUUGGCAGAGCCAAGAAAAUCUUGGGUAAUGUAGACAGAGCCACCAUUGGUAAGAAAUUAACCAUAGAAGGACAAAGAGCCAGCAAAGAUGAUACCACCCCAAAUCUCAACAGGAAAAAGAAAAGAUCAAAAACUGGUAGAGUGACUAAACGUUCUCAAGCUUUCAAAAAAUCAAUGAGGGACACAUCUAAAUCAAAGUAA